ACUUUCCGGGUCACGUGAACGGGAGGAGCUGGAGGAGUCCGACCGAGCUACCGACCGACGCACCGAGGGUUCGAGCCAGGUACUCGGACCGGGCACCGGAGCAAGGUCGAAGACGCCUGGGCCAGGUAGGGAGGUGCCGGGUUGCAGGUACCCCCGGCCCGAGAUGCGGUAGAAGCAGCGCGCAGGAGACGCCCGGUUCCCGGUGCCACCAGCCCGUCGCCCGGCCCAUGGCGAGCCCCGGCCUGGGGUUGCUUCUGGCACUCGGCCUGCAGCUGCUGCCCGCCCGCUGGGGCCGGGCCUGGGGGCAAACGCUGGACCCCCCCGUAAAUGACAACAGCACCAUCACACCCUCUGACCCGGGCUCCGGCUCCCAUGGGGCGCUGUCUCAGGAGGCCAUCACCGCCAUCAUUGUGGUCUUCUCCCUCCUGGCCGCCUCGCUCCUGGCCGUGGGGCUGGUGCUGCUGGUUCGAAAACUUCGGGAGAAGCGGCAGACACAGGGCACCUACCGGCCCAGCAGCGAGGAGCAGUUCUCCCACGCAGCCGAGGCCCGGGCUCCCCAGGACUCCAAGGAGACAGUGCGGGGCUGCCUGCCCAUCUAGGUCCCUUUUCCAUCUCUCUCUCUCUCUCUCUCUCUCUCUCUCUCUCUCUCACUCUCUCUCACUGUGUGACCUUGGGGGAAGGCAGAGCCCUCUCUGGGCAAUCAAACCAACUAGUGCUUAAGAAUAGAAGGGAGGAAGGUGCUUCAAAGACUCUGUCCCUGAGGGGAAGGGAGGGUGGUGCUGCUUACAUUUUAUAUAUAUAUAUAUAUAUAUAUAUAUAUAUAUAUAU